ACGUCGCCAAGAAGGAUAUGGAUCAGAGCGCGAACGACGCCGCUGUGAAGAUUCAGAGCUACUGGCGCCGGGUGAAGCAGCGGAUGUCGUUUCAUGACUCGGUGAAGAUGACGGUGUCUAUCCGAGCAAUUUCCAAGUUUCUGAGCAUGAAGCAAAGUGAGAUCAACCUGAUCUUUCGACGGGUGAACGACGUCGAGCUCAUCACUCAAAAACUCAACGACGAGAUGCAGCGAACUGCCGAGCGGGUGGCUGAGAUGGACAGGCGAGAGCAGCUGGAGUGUGAGAAAGCAGACAAACAGGCUGAGCUGGAGCUUAAAGAGCUGGAGGAGGCAGAGCGAAUAGCAAAGCAAGGAGCGUUGGAGGCAGAGGCUGCACAGUCGCGCAUGGAGAGGGAGAGGGAUGAGAUGCUCGCAUGGAAGGCCAAGGUGGAUCGCUAUCAGGCCUCAUACGAGGCCACAAAGAACGAACUUCAGAUCAAGGAUGAUGACGAGGAGUUUCUACGACAGAACCAUCAGUUUGUUCAUCGAGAGAAGAAACAGUGGAUGAACAUCAAGAACCGAUAUGAGCGCGAGAAGGAGACGUUUGAAACCUCCUACCAUGAGCUGAUGCAGAAGCGCGAGGCGAAUGAUCACGCAAUGCUCAAGGCAGCGAGGGAGCGGGUGGAGUGGCAGGAGGCGCGGCAGGAAGCUCUCAGGGAGCGAGAGGAGAUUCAGAAGUUCCACCGGCUGAGGUUCUUUGUGAACCCCAAGACUUCAGUCAAAGAAAGAUUCCGUGCCAUCGCUGGGAUGUCGGUCGAUUGCCCUCGCUAUCUUCACGCUACUACCAAGAAGAGCGGGGAGGUCUCUUACAGCGGGAUGCUCUACGCUGACAAAGACAACACCUUCUCCGGAGAGUUCACAGUGGUGAAGGCCAUGCCAGACUCCGACGUCGUCGAGGCGUUUGAGAUGCACAAGAACGACAAGGAGCUGCUGACGGUCGCGGGCAUGGGCAGGGCGCUAGGGAGGCUGGGAAGGAAGUUCGACCAGCACGAGUGCGAGAGGAUGAUGGGGCGCUUCUCUCAGUCACAGGCGGGGCUGGCGCUUGACAACUUCCGAUGUCUCUGCGACCAUUUCGUCGGGCUGGAGCUGCCGCACGGGCUCGGGGUGGAGAGGUUUGCCGACGGGAGCAAGUACGAGGGGGAGGUGUACGAGGACAAGCGCUCAGGGAUCGGGAUGUACAGCACGAGCGACAACUUCUGGUACCUGGGGGGCUGGCACCUCGGAGUUCGCCAUGGGCGAGGGCUGGAGGGGAAGGUGACGAGUGGAGGGAUCCUGGUGCCAGUAGCCUUGAUCCAUUGCCACAAGGGGAAGCGAACUAAAGUCGAGAGGUUCGACCCGAAGAAGCCUCACCACCGGACCACCAUCCGCUCCAUGUCGACCAUCGUCGAGCUGGCGCGCAAGAGAGCGACGAAGGCGCAGCGGGAGGUGAUACAGGAAGCUCACAGGUCAGAGCGCAGGAGGUGGGGCCACCAAUACUCCAGCGAGUUCAUCCAGAAGCUUGCGAGCUGCAGGACGGAGUACGAGAACUUCGUGUGGGAGAUAUGAGGAAAGAGGAUGGGCUGGACGCGGCAGUUUGAUCCUAUGAUUGUAUUUUGUUAGCACGGAGGAACGAAAGGAAAUCAUUCAACAAGAGCAGAUUCCUUUCAAAGUUGAUGAUCUCAUCUCCUGUACUCCUCCACUUCUUUCCCCGAUGACUCGUCUGCCUCUGCUCUUCGAAUUUCUCCGCGUUCACCUUGUCAAAUAGCCAUGGAAGGCCAUGGACGGACUCCGCCUCCUCCUCGUCCUCGAACAUUUUGUCGCCUCUGUUGCUCUCCUGCUUGAUCCCGAUGGCAACCACCAGACGUUCCAAUGUCACCACGACAAUCUGAUCAGCAGGUUGUAACGAAGCAGAGUCCGUAAACUCCACGCGCUUCUUUGAUACCCUCGAGCGCAGCCCGAGAAAGCAUCCCACCCGAUUGUUCUCCUCAUCGUCCUCCUCCUCCUGUCCCUGACUGUUGGUCACCUCCUUCCUCCUCUUCUUCGUCCUGUUCAGUCGUUCGCUGUCCGUCUUCUUCACACUGAAUCCGCUCACCAGCACGCGAUUGUUCCCCUCCGCCAGAGUCUCCACGAGGCCUCGAAGAAGCGCGUCCGACGGCCCCUUCCUCGGGCCCAAGGGCUUCGCCACCUUUGCAGUUGAGUCCAUGACGACAAGAUCGUCUUCCUGCAUGUCCACCCAGACGUAAUGUCCCUUGCACCAGGUUGGGAUCUCAGUGUUUUUGGCAGGAUGGGAGAUUCGCUUCCGUUUCACCUUGGGAAGAAACAUGCUGUAGCACGACGCCCGUGACCGGGACCCUCUAGUGGCAGAUCU